AUGAAUUAUUCUCAUAUAAGCUUUAAAAUACCCAAAUCAAAUAACCAAACUUAUAAUCUUAUAAAGAUAAGUUUACUAAAACAGUCUUAUGAUAUAAAAGAGUUUAAAAAGGAGGUGGAUGGUUUGAAAAUAAAAUUAUACAUGGAUUACAACAUUGAGAAUUUAAUAAAAAUAUUUAAAAGUAUAUUAAGUAGCUAUGAAAAUACGAACAUUUGUUUUGAAAGGAGAAAUAAAUGCAACAAAAAAGAAAAUGUUUUGGUUAUGGAAGAUACUGAUUUGUUGAAAUUAUGUAUUUGUCUUGUUAUGGAAAUUAAAAAUUUGAGUAAAAAACUAAGUAAAUAUAAUGCAAAUAUUUAUAUAGAUAAAAACAAAGUUAGAAUAUUAUCAGAUACAAAGGGAAAUUUAUAUGAAAUAACCAAUGAAAUUAUGUUAUAUUUUAAUCAUUAUUUCAUUGUUUAUUUUAGUUUUAAUAAAUCUUUUAAUCAGUUAAACAAACAAAUACUUGUAACAAAUAAUAACAAAGUAACACUAAUAACAAAUCUAUCAGAUUUAAAUAGACUAACGUGUUAUGAAGCAAGGUUAGAAACAAAUUUUAAUUUAAAUAAAGAAACAACUGAAUUUAUCUGUGGAAAGAAGUGUGGUAAGUUUAAUAAGAUAGUUAAUGAUGUAAAAAUUCCAAUUACAUUAAGUUUUAAAAACAAUCAAACAUAUUUUUCAGUAGAACCAACUUGUUUCACCAAAUUUGUGAAAGGUUUAAAUUUACUUUUUGAUGAAUAUCCUUAUAUAGAAUUAUUUAAUAUUGAUCAAAAGUACCACAAGAAGAUAAUAGGCGUAUCAGGAGUCGAUAUUCAAAAAUUAAUGAAAGUAUACGAUGUAUACAUUAAAUUUAUGAAUAAUAUAGAGUCAGUAGACUAUAAUUAUAAUGUAAUCUGUAAAACACCAAUAAAAAAUAUGAACAACAUAGAAAAUUUGAAGAAAGUGUUAUUAAGUCUAACUAAUAAUUCACAAUUGAAAAAAGAAAACAAAAGUAUAAAUAUUUUACCAAAGAAAGAAAAUAAGAAUUAUGAUAGCGGAUUGAGAUUAUUAAGAGAAUUAAUUCAUCUCUAUAAAUUGAUUAAUUAA